UAAAAUACUAAAACAUCUAGGUCUCAGAUGAGUCAAUCUGCUGUUUUACUUGGACAGAGAGACACUUUUCACCAUGAAGUGGCAUAUCUUCUUGCUUGCAGCGAUUUUUCUUAAGGUUAGCAGCGGGAGCCCAAUUCUGUCUGAAGACAGUAUUCAAGUGCAGGAAAACUUUGACCAAUCAAGGAUUUAUGGGAAAUGGUAUGAUAUUGCCAUUGCAUCAACAUGCCCCUGGCUGAAACAACACAAGACCUCGUACGUGAUGGGCAUAAUCAUGGUUGAGGAAGGAGAACAGCCUGACCAAAUCAGAAGUACUGCUACCAGAGAGAGACAUGGAAAAUGCAUUCAGACUUCCAGCACAAACCAAAAAACUGAAACACCAGGAAAAUAUUUCCAGAACUAUGAAAAAUGGGGAGUAACCAUGAAGAGUUACAUAGUUCAUACAAACUAUGAUGAAUAUGCGGUUUUUCUGACAGAAAAAAUGAAAGGCCCCAAUUCGACAAUUACAGCUAAGCUCUAUGGAAGGACUCCAGAGCUACCACAGGACAAAAUUGAUGACUUCAAGCAGUUUGCACUGGAUGCAGGAAUUCCAGAAGAUUCCUUUAUGGUCUUGGAAAACAGGGGUGAAUGUGUACCUGGUACAGAAUACAUAAAGCGUGUUCAAAGGGCAGUUCUGGCAGCCGACGAAGGCUCAGGAGAUGAUGGAUCAGUGACAAAGAAAGAAGAAGCCUGUAAACUGCCUCUUGACACAGGAGACUGCACAGGCCAUACUGUCAGAUAUUUCUACAACUCCUCUUCCAUGGCAUGUGAGCAGUUUGACUAUGGAGGCUGCCUUGGUAACACAAACAACUUUUACACUGAAAAGGAAUGUCUUCAGACUUGCAGAACAGAAGCUGCCUGCAGGUUACCCAUAAGCACUGGACCAUGCAGAGGUUUUGUGAAACUCUGGGCAUUUGACUCAACCAAUGGAAAGUGUGUAUCGUUUCAGUAUGGUGGCUGCAAAGGCAACGGGAACAAAUUCUACACAGAAAAGGAGUGCAAGGAAUAUUGUGGAGUGCAAGUUGAUGGAGAAGAGGAGUUCUUAGGUGUUCCACAGAAGAGCUGAAGACAAAAUCUGUAAAUCAGUUCACCAGCUUGUAAUAUUUUCUCAUACAGUGGAGUAAGGACAGUGACGUUACUUUUUAAGCAUGCAUGCAACAUAUCUUUCUUAAAGGAAACUUCAAUAAAACAUAAGAAUUUCAAAUUAAA